AUGGCGGAAAGCCCACCUGUGCCUGAGGACAGGUGUCAGUCACCUGAUGCCCUAACAGAGGUUGAGACACAGCCCCUGUCACCCAACUCACCUGUGGGCACCUCUGAACUACCAUCCCCCACCAAGGAUUUACAGAGGGUGCAGCGUAACGAAGGGUCCCAUCUCUGUAGUCCAUCUGUAGAACAAGGAGAUGCAAGCAGCCAUUAUGUCCUAAUUGCUGGAGAUCACACAUAUUCACUGACCAGAGAGCUAGAGGCUGAACCAUUUGUUUCACCCCAGAAACAGAGGACCACAGAGAAAGGAACCUCUCAUCAGCCACACGGUGAACGGCGCAAGAGGGGGAGGCCACCCAAAGACAAACCUCAUACUGUCCCAGACCAUCAGAUCCAGUCCCCUUCAGAUUCAGACCCAAGUUCACAGCCACACGGUGAACGGCGCAAGAGGGGGAGGCCACCCAAAGACAGGAAACCUCAUACUGUCCCAGAACAUCAGAUCCAUCAGGGCCUAACAGAUACACACCCAUGUUCACAGCCAGAGGACCAAACAGAGGCUGAGACACAGUCCUUGACACCCAACUCACCUGCGCCUGGCCCUGAGGACAGGUGUCCGGCACCGGUGACAAAGAGGAAGUAUACAAAAAAAUCGGAGACCCCUAAGGUAGACCAGCCGCAGGAGACUGACCAGUCGCAGGAGACUGACCAGUCGCAGGAGACUGACCAGUCGCAGGAGACUGACCAGUCGCAGGAGACUGUAAUAAAUUGGAAGAAGACCCCUAAGUUAUUCCAGCCACAGGAGACUGACCAGCCGCAGGAGACUGACCAGCCGCAGGAGACUGUAAUAAAUUGGAAGAAGACCCCUAAGUUAUUCCAGUCACAGGAGACUGACCAGCCGCAGGAGACUGACCAGCCGCAGGAGACUGUAAUAAAUUGGAAGAAGACCCCUAAGUUAUUCCAGUCACAGGAGACUGACCAGCCGCAGGAGACUGACCAGCCGCAGGAGACUGUAAUAAAUUGGAAGAAGACCCCUAAGUUAUUCCAGUCACAGGAGACUGACCAGCCGCAGGAGACUGACCAGUCACAGGAGAUCCAGUCCCCUUCAGAUUCAGACCCAUGUUCACAGCGAGAGGAACAAACGAAUGCUGUCACAAUGACACAUCCCCUGUCACCCAGCCCACCUGUGCCUGAGGACAGGUGUCAGUCACCUGAUGCCCUAACAGAGGUUGAGACACAGCCCCUGUCACCCAACUCACCUGUGGGCACCUCUGAACUACCAUCCCCCACCAAGGAUUUACAGAGGGUGCAGCGUAACGAAGGGUCCCAUCUCUGUAGUCCAUCUGUAGAACAAGGAGAUACAAGCAGCCAUUAUGUCCUAAUUGCUGGAGAUCACACAGACUCACUGACCAGAGAGCUAGAGGCUGAACCAUUUGUUUCACCCCAGAAACAGAGGACCACAGAGAAAGGAACCUCUCAUCAGCCACACGGUGAACGGCGCAAGAGGGGGAGGCCACCCAAAGACAAACCUCAUACUGUCCCAGAACAUCAGAUCCAGUCCCCUUCAGAUUCAGACCCAAGUUCACAGCCACACGGUGAACGGCGCAAGAGGGGGAGGCCACCCAAAGACAGGAAACCUCAUACUGUCCCAGAACAUCAGAUCCAUCAGGGCCUAACAGAUACACACCCAUGUUCACAGCCAGAGGACCAAACAGAGGCUGAGACACAGUCCUUGACACCCAACUCACCUGCGCCUGGCCCUGAGGACAGGUGUCCGGCACCGGUGACAAAGAGGAAGUAUACAAAAAAAUCGGAGACCCCUAAGGUAGACCAGCCGCAGGAGACUGACCAGCCGCAGGAGACUGACCAGCCGCAGGAGACUGACCAGUCGCAGGAGACUGACCAGUCGCAGGAGACUGACCAGUCGCAGGAGACUGUAAUAAAUUGGAAGAAGACCCCUAAGUUAUUCCAGUCACAGGAGACUGACCAGCCGCAGGAGACUGACCAGCCGCAGGAGACUAGGAGCCUCUCUCCUACUCUCAGCCCUCCUGGCGUCUCUUCCUCGACAAACACACCUAAGAGAGGGAGAACUAAGGGGGUCCAGCAGCAGAUCUGUCUUAGCUCCACCCCAGGCCCCAGAUCCUCCAUAGGAACAGUCAACCCUUUCUCUGUCUCUCUGUCUCCCCUGGCCCCCAGCUCUAAGCCAGACAGCCCUCAGAACACCUCACCUGUCACCUGGAAGCUGUUAGAACAUCUGGACAAGACCCAGAGGUCGACCAAGGAAGGACCCGGCUGGAGUGAAGAAACCGGCUGUAGUGAAGGAGCUGGCUGUAGUGAAGGGAGUGAAGAAGCCGGCUGUGGUGAAAGGAGUGAAGAGGCCGGCUGUGGUGAAAGGAGUGAAGAGGCCGGCUGUGGUGAAGGGAGUGAAGAGGCCGGCUGUGGUGAAGGGAGUGAAGAGGCCGGCUGUGGUGAAGGGAGUGAAGAGGCCGGCUGUGGUGAAGGGAGUGAAGAGGCCGGCUGUGGUGAAGGGAGUGAAGAGGCCGGCUGUGGUGAAGGGAGUGAAGGGGCCGGCUGUGGUGAAGGGUGUGAAGGGGCCGGCUGUGGUGAAGGGUGUGAAGGGGCCGGCUGUGGUGAAGGGGUGAAGGGGCCGGCUGUGGUGAAGGGGGUGAAGGGGCCGGCUGUGGUGAAGGGAGUGAAGGGGCCGGCUGUGGUGAAGGGAGUGAAGGGGCCGGCUGUGGUGAAGGGAGUGAAGGGGCCGGCUGUGGUGACGGGAGUGAAGGGGCCGGCUGUGGUGAAGGGAGUGAAGGGGCCGGCUGUGGUGAAGGGAGUGAAGGGGCCGGCUGUGGUGAAGGGAGUGAAGGGGCCGGCUGUGGUGAAGGGAGUGAAGGGGCCGGCUGUGGUGAAGGGAGUGAAGGGGCCGGCUGUGGUGAAGGGAGAGAAGGGGCCGGCUGUGGUGAAGGGGCCGGCUGUGGUGAAGGGGCCGGCUGUGGUGAAGGGGCCGGCUGUGGUGAAGGGGCCGGCUGUGGUGAAGGGAGUGAAGAGGCCGGCUGUAGUGAAGGGAGUGAAGCGGCCGGCUGUAGGGAAGGGAGUGAAGCGGCCGGCUGUAGGGAAGGGAGUGAAGGGGCCGGCUGUGGUGAAGGGCGUGAAGGGGCCGGCUGUAGUGAAGGGCGUGAAGGGGCCGGCUGUAGUGAAGGGCGUGAAGGGGCCGGCUGUAGUGAAGGGCGUGAAGGGGCCGGCUGUAGUGAAGGGCGUGAAGGGGCCGGCUGUAGUGAAGGGCGUGAAGGGGCCGGCUGUAGUGAAGGGCGUGAAGGGGCCGGCUGUAGUGAAGGGCGUGAAGGGGCCGGCUGUAGUGAAGGGCGUGAAGGGGCCGGCUGUAGUGGAGAGAGUUAAGAACCCGGCUGUAGUGGAGAGAGUUAAGAACCCGGCUGUAGUGGAGAGAGUUAAGAACCCGGCUGUAGUGGAGAGAGUGAAGGGGCCGGCUGUAGUGGAGAGAGUGAAGGGGCCGGCUGUAGGGGAGAGAGUGAAGAACCCGGCUGUAGGGGAGAGAGUGAAGAACCCGGCUGUAGGGAAGAGAGUGAAGGGGCCGGCUGUAGUGGAGAGAGUGAAGAACCCGGCUGUAGUGGAGAGAGUGAAGAACCCGGCUGUAGGGGAGAGAGUGAAGAACCCGGCUGUAGUGGAGAGAGUGAAGAACCCGGCUGUAGUGGAGAGAGUGAAGAACCCGGCUGUAGUGGAGAGAGUGAAGAACCCGGCUGUAGGGAAGAGAGUGAAGAACCCGGCUGUAGGGAAGAGAGUGAAGAACCCGGCUGUAGGGAAGAGAGUGAAGAACCCGGCUGUAGGGAAGAGAGUGAAGAACCCGGCUGUAGGGAAGAGAGUGAAGAACCCGGCUGUAGGGAAGAGAGUGAAGAACCCGGCUGUAGGGAAGAGAGUGAAGAACCCGGCUGUAGGGAAGAGAGUGAAGAACCCGGCUGUAGGGAAGAGAGUGAAGAACCCGGCUGUAGGGAAGAGAGUGAAGAACCCGGCUGUAGGGAAGAGAGUGAAGAACCCGGCUGUAGGGAAGAGAGUGAAGACUGCAGCAGAGGGAGGUUCCCAGACCUGCAGCUCAGAGGAGGGGCCUCCAGCCAAGCACAGACGUAGAAGCAGGAAGGGCCAUACAGCAGAGGGAGUGGAGAGAGUCGGGCUGCAGAGUGACGACAGCAGCAGCUCUCAGCCAAUCCAAUGCUCCAGACCACGGUUUGAACUACUGGAGUUGGACUCACCGGACGAAGACACAGGAGAUGCCUCCCUGUCCUCAAACCUGUCCAUCGAACUGAGCCUACAGGAAGACCACCUGACCUCACUUCCUCUUGAAGAGGAGGAGGAAGAGCAGGAGGAUGAGGAAGAUCUUCCCAGUUUCUUAAAUAACACAAAGCCGCUGUCCAUAACAGAGGGAAUAUGUGUUUGGUGCAAAUUUAGAAAUUAUCCUUUCUGGCCGGCAAUGGUGAAAAGCGUGAACCGGAAGAUGAAGAAAGCCAGCAUUGUGUUUAUUGACAACCUGCUGUUUGACAAGAAGAGGAUACGAAAAGGCUUCUCUGUGGCCCUAAAAACAUUGAAGCCUUUUGACUGUGAAGAGGCUGAUCAGCUUGUGUGUAAAGCCAGAGAGAGUUAUGAUGCUGCCAUCAAAUGGUGCCUGGAGCUGAUUGCCGACUAUAGAAUCCGUAUCGGAUGCGGCUUCACCGGUUCCUUCAUUGAAUACUUUUCAGAUGACAUAAGCUGUCCUGUGAGGAGACGUUAUCCUCAGAGUACCUCUGACCUCAACUUCCCCAGUAAGCUGAUGUUGGAGGAGCAGUUUUUGACCUCUGACCUUGGGGAGGAGGAGGAGGGCAGCGGCCGGCAGGAGGAGGAGGAGAGGAAGAAGAGGAGGAGGAGGAGGAGGAAGCUGCUGCCUGACCGCUCCAAGGCAGCACGUAACCGUGCCAAUGAGAAACUGGUGGACUUCAUCGUUAAGCAACGCCGGGUGGAGACACGCCUUCUAGGUGUGAUCAGCGGGCAGCAACAAUCUAAGUGGUUGCGAUGGUUCCUGGCAGCCAGCCGGUCAGUAGUGGACACCUACCUGGAGGAUGAGGAGCAGCUGGACCAGGUGUAUCAGUACCUGAGGGGGGUGUAUGAGACCGCCCCCCUCACCGCCCCCUGCCUGGCUGACGUAGACCGGAUACGCCUCGUACUGGACGUCCUCUUACCUGAGGCUAUUAUCUAUGCCAUAGCUGGAGUGGACAAGUUGUCACUGGUGAAGGCAGAGGACAAAUACCUAAAAGGGCCCUGUCUGAGUAAAAGGGAAAGAGAGGAGUUUGAUUGGAUGAUCGAGCAACAGAUGAAGAUGAAAGCAUCGAUUGGUCAGCGUCCUGCGAACUGAACACCACACUGCCUACUUGGCUUCCAGCCGUCAGACUUCAGCCGAGAUUAAAUCCGAGGGCAUGUUGUAUAGUGCUUGACAUUUGAAGGUCAUUUCUGAUUGAGAUGACAUCUGCAGCGUUUAACCAUGAAUGCAAUCUCCACAAAUGCGGCAACGUUGCAUUUAGUCCCGAAGUUUCCAAAUCUCAACAAAACUGUUGAGCAUUCUGGGCCAUUCAGAACUCUCUCUAAGGACAUUCAACUGCUGUAGUUCAAAGUUCAUACUAGCAGUGGUGUGACUGUGAACGUGAAACUCCUGGGAGGACGUACACCGCUGUUUAGACCAACUACCACAGUAUUUUAUCCAUCAUGGUUCCCCGUUAAGGCUGGAUGACUGUAAAUUCUGUAAAUACUGGUCUAUUUUUAUAUAGGAAAGGAAUGUCUUUUUUUUUUUUUUUUAAUAGUAAUAUUUUAAUUCCUCUUCCUGUUUGAAUUCCUGUCUAAUUAUGUGGUCAUGUAAGGUUAGCUUGUCGGUACCUUCAUCUAUACCUCUUUCUUGGUGACAGACAUAUAACAUUCUUAACGUGAAUCAUGUCAGCUCAAUAAAGCUUCCUCAGUCAUCUA